GACAAGUUGUCCUUUCUACGGGUGACUACGCAUCGUCCUGGUGGGGACUAAACUCGCGAGCUCUUUUAUUAAAACGCGAAUUAGAUUCAGUACACGACUGACUUUUGAAUAGUGCUCAUUAUUUUUUUAUUUUGGAAUAUUCGUCAAAACAUAAACAUUUACAAUGGGAGGAAUGACACAACGACCUUGGACACCAACAAAACGCCGAGGGCCCAUCGCUGCCGAAUUCAAGGGACCAGGUCCAGCUUGCGUAGCGUUACCAUCUUACAUAGGAAGAAGGACUUUGGAAUCCAAAACUGAAAGAGCUCCUGCUUUUUCUUUCGGAUCUAGACAGAAUGGAAAAUUGGAUAGUAUUGGACCAGGCCCUGGCCAAUAUAACAUCACUGGAAUGAGUGCCAAAGGUAAAGAUACACCACCGGCAUUAAGUUUGCAUAGUAGGCCUAAGGAUCAGAAACCUGAGAAUUUUCCUGCUCCAGGAGAUUACAAUCCGGAUAAGGCUGAGAAAGUAAUUCAUGAUAGUGCUCCUAAAUACACUUUCGGAUUAAAAACUAAUGUAGAAAAACCAGUUGAUACUCCAGCUCCCAAUGUUUACAAAAUUCCUGAAACCAUCGCCCAUGACACACCCAAAUACAGUUUCGGAGCUAAAACCAAUGUAGGAAAACCAUCAGAUGUACCUGCUCCGAAUGUUUACAAUAUACCCGAGACCAUUGCUCAUGAUACUCCCAAAUAUUCAUUUGGAGCCAAAACUCAAGUGGAAAAACCAUCAGAUAUUCCCGCUCCUAAUGUUUACAAAAUUCCCGAAACCAUUGCUCAUGAUACACCAAAAUACAGUUUCGGAGCUAAGACCAAUGUAGGGAAACCAUCAGAUGUACCUGCUCCAAACGUUUAUAAUAUCCCCGAGACCAUUGCACACGAUACUCCUAAAUACUCUUUUGGAGCCAAAAUUAAUGUGGAAAAACCAUCAGAUGUUCCUGCUCCCAAUGUUUACAAAAUCCCCGAAACCAUCGCCAGAGACACACCCAAAUUCACUUUUGGUGCCAAAACUAAUAUAGAAAAACCAUCAGACAUUCCGGCUCCAAAUGUGUAUAACAUUCCUGAGACUAUUGCCCACGAUACACCGAGGUACAGUUUUGGAGCCAAAACCAAUAUAGCAAAACCAUCGGACAUACCUGCUCCCAAUAGCUAUGACGUACCUAGGGCAGAUAAUGUUUUAAGACGGUCUCUAAGGUAUAGCUUUGGACGUAAAGUAGAAAAUAAAAAUUAUACUAUUGCUCCUGCUCCUAAUGUAUACAACAUACCAUCGGUAAUGGGCGAAAAGAGUUCACCAGCAUAUACGAUAUCAAGCAGAACUAAGGAACCCAUUGAUGAACGUGUCAGAAACCCUGCCCCAGGACAAUAUAAUAACGUCGAUCCCGAAUUUUACAAAAGUCAUUCACCUGCUUAUACGAUCAGUGGAAGGAUAAAUAUUCCUAAGGAUGAUAAGAUACCUGGACCUGGCGUAUACUCACCUGAAAAGGUUAUAUUAGAUACUCCUCCAGCACACAGUUUUGGAAUCAGACAUUCUGAAUUCUCCGAGCACUACUGAAUAAGGUCAUCAGCGAAUACGACCGAGCCGAGCUGCGUUCAAAUUAGUGAUCACGUGAACACAGAAAUCAUGAAAUAUUCUUUUUUUUAGAAUGUUACGUACACAAGAGUAGCAUUUAUGCUUCAUUCAUUUUUAUUAAAAAACUGCAAUUGGCUAUUAUUUACAAUUAUACAAAAAAAUAUGGCAAUUAAUUACUACCAUUUGGAAUAUUAUUAUACACUUUGUUGUUUUUUUUGCUUAACAUAACAUUAUUGCUAUUAAUGGUUGCUUAGAUUCUUAUAAUACAUUAGCAAACAAUGUUACCGCUUGUUAUAGAUUUUAAAUGCUAUUUUUGUUAUUUAUAAGAAAAAACUUUUCCGGAAAAGUAACAUUUUUAUCAUUUUUUUUAAAUAAAAGAUUUAAAAAACUA